UUGCAGACCGUGCCUCGGGCAGCGUUCGCGACCCCAGCCCCACCGGGUACCUAUCAAACCCCGCCCAGAGCGGCCAUUGUGCAUGCAGGCACGACUACACGGAGUACGGCCGCUGGAGGCAUUCCCUUAAACACUUCUAUACAACAGGCUCACAUUGGAGACUCGAAGGUUGAACAAUUGACGGCAAAAUGGCUGCGACAAAAUUGUCUGGUGGAGACGGGGAAUGUGGUGCCACGAGGGGAGUUGUAUUUGAAUUACGUGGACGAUUUACGACAUCAAUUCAACGCGUUGGCGGGGAGUGUGCAGAUGUUUACGAAUAUUUUGAAGUGA